CGCCGAUGAAUGUGGUUGCUUUCGUUCCCUGUCCCCGCCCACUCCCCCCUGAAGUCGGCAUUACCAUGCAUCCCGCUCUCCUCCCAAUUGCCUCCACAGAUCUGCCCCCGCCUCCCUCGCCCGCCUCUCCUUAUAUUGCGCAUGGCCGACACCACGAUGCCGACUGAGCAGCAAGACAGCCAGGAGCACGCACGCGACCCCAAUCAGUCUGAUCAGCAGCCACCCGCCGAAGACCCAUCUCUGCCCUCCGCCAUCGCUGCACCACACUUCGACCUGUCAGCGGCUGAACAGGCAGCAGGUGGGCUCUGCAGGCUGUGUCUGCAUUCAUGAGUGAAUGAAUGCUCUGUGGUUGUGGUGCGUGUUGUGUUGUGUUGUGUUGUGAUUGUCGACCACCAGAUGGUGUCGAGGCUCUCGAGUUGGCGGGAGUGCCUGCUGAGAUGGUCACUGCCGCAGUGCGUCGGUUCCCCGGUGUGAGGGAUCUGCAUGUGGAAGAUGAAGUGCUCGCCAGGCUCGACCAAUUCAACUUCCUCAUACAGGCAGGUGCACAGGCAGGCAGGCAGGGAGGUGAUAUCAAUGCGAUCCUUCUUGAUUUGUCUUUCCUCCUCCUCCCUGGGCACUGUGUGCGCCAGGACGGCGCCCUCACGGUUGAGCAGACACACCGGCUGAUAGCCAACCAGCCUUGGUGUCUGGAAAGGGCCAUCAAGUAACCAGCAGGCAGCUGAAGCAAGACGAUUCAUUCUUUGUGCAGGAUCUUGCAAUCCUCUGGCCUAUGCGUGCGUGACGACAUACAUGCAGGGUGGUGCACGAGUGCGAGGGCUACGUGGUGAUCGACAAGCCCGACAAUGUGAGGAUGGACGUGCCCCGCACCAAGAGCCACAAGUACGACCGGGAGCUCACCGUGGCCGACUGGUUCAAGAGGAGAUGCCCCUCGAGUGAUAAAGUCAGGCCCUGCCACCAACUCGGUAGGCAGACCACCCCACCACACGCAAUGCAUUGACGGCAACCGUUCCUUCCUUGUGCUGUCUGUCGUCAGAUCAUGCCACAUCUGGUGUGUUGGUGAUGGGCAAGACGAAGGAGGCAACGGGCAGAUGCGCUGUCCUCUUCAGCCAGAGGAAGGCCCGCAAACAGUACCUGGUACAUACAGCAAGCAGACCGACAAUCAAUGCGUCCACCCCACCCUGACUCAUCCUUCUGUCUGUAGGCCCUUGUGUACGGCCACCCGAGCUGGGACGAGACGACCGUCGAUGCGGCCAUAGAGGAGGACCCCAACCAUGAGUUCAACAUGCAGGUAGAGUAGACCAACAGAGCCACUUACGACGAGGAAAGUCAGAGAGACCACCUGAUACGAUACGACGUUUCCUUUGUAUGCAGAUUUCUGAGAGCGGCAAGCCGUCUCAGACGGCCGUGAAAGUGCUCCAACGGUCCCAUCUGGCCCUGGAGGGUCCACUGAAGGGCACCCCGGUGGCGAAGCUGCUUCUCAUCCCAGCCACCGGUCAGACAGACAGCGGCUCCUCUACUCUGCAGCACUCACACAUUUGCCGUGUGUGUGUGUGUGUGUUGUGCUGCGGUGUGUUGUGUUGUGUUGUGUUGUGUUAUGCAGGUCGACGUCACCAGCUGCGGCUGCACUGUCGGCAUGUGGGCCAUCCCAUCGUUGGCGACUACCAAUACUCGGCAUACGGCAGGGGCCACGAGCCGCCGUCCUACAGGAUGUGCCUACACGCCUACCGGCUGGAGCUGCCCUUCGACGACGACGGCGAAGGGCAGCCUCUCGUGCUGGAGGCGCCCGACCCUUUCCACACACACGUGUUCCUUGAAGACUGAUGAAUGAAUGAAUGGGUGGCUUGUCAAGCCGUUUCGGCAGCGGUUAGUUGUGGCUCCACGCUGGUGGUGGGUUUGUGUCUUGGUCUUGUGUUUGUC